UAACUUGAGGUGUGUUGGAAGACCAAUAUACUAUUCAGUCUCCAUUCAAAUAAUGCUCUCCAGUCUCCGCUCGGUUUAGCCGGUGACUUACCUUUUUUUGGUAAGUAAAAAAAAAGAAAGGAGGAAGGAAGUCUCUUGGGUUGGGUAACACUAGAACUGUAUAACAGCAGAAAGCACUGAGAAAUGCAGGACGCUCUAUCGGAGCCUCUCGAUCUCAAAGCAAUUCGGAGUCGAAUUAGUGAGCUUGAAGAAGUUUACCGGAGCUUCAAUGACGAGGACAUGGUGUCUUCGGAUUCAGACAAGUUGAUGAUUGACAGCGCUCUUCAGCCGGAGUUUCAGAGCAGAGUCGACCAGGUUUUGUCGGGUCUCUCCGACGUCAGUUUCUUAGGGAUUUCAGAUUUAGAUGCAUACUUAGAGCACUUGAGGGAGGAGCUCACCGCGGCGGAGGCUGAUAGUGCUAAGAUCACUAGUGAAAUUGAAGCUAUCAAUAGGACCAAUCUCCAAGAUUCCAGUCAACUAGAGAGGGAUCUUGAGGAGUUGAAGUGUUCAUUGGACCGUAUUUCUUCAGAGGAUUUACCUCAGGCAUAUGAUGGUGCACGGCCUGCUUACUCACUGCAUGAGGAUUAUCAAUCCAAUUCAUUACAGACAGAUCAUGAUGAGAAGUUUGAGAUUAUGAAGCUUGAGAAUCAGAUUGUGGAAAUCACGGCAAUGUUGAAAUCUUUGCAAGAUCUCGACUCUUCAGUCAAGAGGUUUGAUGCAUUGGAACAAAUUGAAAACACAUUCUCAGUUCUGGAAGUCAUUGAAAUUGAUGGAAACUGCAUUAAUUUGUCAGUGAGGACUGAUUUCCUGAAAUUGGAAGAUGUCUUGUGCAAACAAAGAAUUGACGAUAUCAGCGAGCUGUCUGAAGUAGUUCACAACGUUCUCAUAGAAGCUUCCAGUGAGACAAUGGAACUUAAGAAUGUUGAGAUUUUUCCGAAUGAUUUAUUCAUUGGCGAUAUCAUAGGUGAUGCCAAUUCAUCCAGCCAUUCUUUCACACAUGGUUCCCUCCCGGGGACAAGUUCCUUACUGCAAUGGUUUAUAAUGAAGCUACUAGACAGAAUAAGAGACUGCAAUUUAAGAAGAUUGGUGGCUACAAGUGCUAGCAAAUCAAGGCAUUCCUUUGAAUACUUGGACAGAGACGAAACUAUCAAAGCCCAUUUGGUGGGAGGAGUUGAUGCUUUUAUAAAAGUUCCCUCAGGAUGGCCUUUGACGAGUUCGCCUCUGAAAUUGACUUCCCUCCAGAGCUCAAACCAGCUCAAGGAAAUCUCCUCGAGCAUUCUCUGCAAGAUUCAGGAAGCAGCAAAUUCCUUAGAUUCACGAAUUCGACACCAGCUGCUAAGCUUCGCUGACGAAAUUGAGCAAGAGGUGCUGUCGAAAAGUGCAGCUGGAACACCACCAUGAUAAUAAUUCUUCCUCUUGAAAUUUAUUCAUUUCAGUAGGAUGUCAAGAUUGUUACUAAUCUGCGACGAUUAUAUAUUCCGUUUUCAAAAUGCAUGGUUUCUCAGGUCAUAUAAUCUUCAUCUGGUUUCAUCUUGGUACGAAAAUCAUCAUGUAUUUUAGACCUCAUGUAACUACAUAAUACACUUGACACUUCGUGACCACGUUUCAUAUUGACGUGACAUGAACAAAAAACAAAAUAUUUUGUAAAAGUCAAACGAAUUUGAAUCUAGGUAAAUUUAUCGGCAGGAAAAUUUUUAAGUCAGUAACAGUGAUUUGAUGAUCAGAAGAGCUUGCUUAAAUCGGGAGGAGAAAGAGUUUGAUAUGUGAGAAUUCGUGCAGCAAGUUCAGUCGGAUGGAAGCUGUCAAAGAACAAGUACUUGUCAGCAGCAGCGCAGGUCCCUGGGACUACACAGAGCACCCCACUCUCUAUGUUCCCGGUGCCACAGCACCCUCUUUUAACCUCUUCAAUCCCGUAUGGAGCUGGAUUCUCGGCGAGGGAAACGAAAUGAUUGUAGAGCUCGAACUUCACAGCUUUGGUUCCUGGAAGCUCUUGAUUCAUCUGAUCAACCAUCAGAGACAGCUUGGAGUUGAACAGCCUGAUGCGCCUGUUGAGGCUCUCCGAACACUCCCUCCUCGGUCCACCCUGCGAGGAUCGUAUCGCUGGUGCACACCCCGUCGGAGGUAACUCCACCAACCCAAUUCUUCUUGCUCCAGCUUCAUAUAGUUUCUGUACGUUCGCAUAGAUUAUAAAUCAAUCAGUUUGCUAUUUCAUUAUAGCAUUGGAGUUGGUCUGGUUCUGGUUCUGGUCUUACCUUGUGGAAGUCUAGAGCUAGGCUGAUCAUAAGAUCGGUGUAGGAUUCUUCGGUGUACCGGUAGUCGACGGUUGGGUACGUGUUGGUGAGGUCAUUGCUGCCCAUGAAGAUGAUGUAUGCGCUCUGGGAAAUGAUUUCUUGUGUUCUUUCUGGGCCAACGCUUGCAUUGAUCCUCUUUAUGUACUCUUUGAACAUGUUUAGUUGAGUCAUCAUCGGUAUUGCGUUCUUCACGUCAAGAAAGCCAGAAAAAAAAAAUGAAAGAAAAGACCAACAUUAAACUGAUGUAGUAGAUCAAUUAAUAUGAUGCAUAAGCCACACCAAGCAAUGGCGGAGGAGUACCGAUGGAGCAACGACUCACCAUUUUUUGGGGUGUUCGAGGGUCGUAACCGGAACCAGCAGAAGCAAAACACACGCCAGUAAGCAGUUCUUGGAGGUCCAAGCUUGGAUCCAAAUAUGGUGGCAAAAGUUGUUUCACUCCCAAGACUUGAGCUGAAAAAAAGUUGUGAUAGCAGAAAUUGAGAAAUACAGAGGCUUUUUUCAUUCAGACAUCUGGAAUAACAGAUGGAGAAGUUGGCUACACGUACCAAUGUAGUCGGCGACUCCUUUGGCAUUGCUGAACCUGCCGGUGGCUCUUCCGCCGGCGAAGUCUCGGCCGUAAGGUGGGAAGUUUCCCUUGGCGAUGGUGUGGACGUAGUUGUUGUUCCCUGUAUCAACCAACGAGUCUCCGAACACGAACACUGCUGGCACUUGAUUCUUCUUAUUAUAGCUCUCUGCGGCGGCGGCGGAACAAAUCAGCAGUGCUAAGAUGCAAGCAAACAGAACAUGCAGAGUCGCCAUUGGAAGUUGAAAGGAAGAAGAUGAUCGAUAUACUUGGUGGAGUGCUUAAGGGGUUUAUAUAAGGAGAAGAGAAGGAAGGGUAUGGUUCGAAUCGUAUCUCUGGAAACAAAGUCGUCGGAUCUAACAGCUCAAGAACAGCGCUGUCAGCUGGGAUUUUACAUAUUUUCAUCACAUGUGUCCUCCAAAAUACCUGCAGGCGAUAAGAGUGGCAAACUAGUGCUCAUGCACGUUUCCGUAUACAUAUUAGAUAGAACUCGUGCCCUCCUGAUUAUUUAAAUAGUAAGUUAUUUUUUGCAUAGAUACGACCAGCGUAGAAUCCAUGGUUGCUUGCGCUUCGUUGCAGAAAUUUGAAGGGUUCUUAAGUUACACUAGCUUCUUGCCCGGCCUUUGGCCGGGAUAACUGUUGUUCAGGGUUGGUUGUGCCAUCCACUUUCCCUUUUUUUCGUCUACGGGUAUUUGAUGGGUCGUUUAUUAUCCUUAUCGUUAUACUGAUUAUAUGUGUCUCCAUUUUCUGUUGAUGUUUUGAAAUUACCAUAUAUACUCUUGACAGACAAUAGUUUGGAUGUAGAUUAUUUAAAUUUACAAUGGUUAACACAUCAUAACAUAGUCAUUUGGGACCAACGUUGUACUUCACAAACAUGAGUAUGAUGAAAAACCUACAGUUUCGUAAUAUAAUUAAAGUAUCGUUGUUGUGUGAUGACUAUGUGCAUAACUGAAUGUGCCGAGUACUUGGGAGCUUUUCAUUUGUUUGUUGCUACUUGAAUUUGCAAUGAUGUGACGGCCAAAAAUUUCUCGUUGUUGUUCGAAGCGGGCAUUAGUAUCCUGGUUCGUUCUUGUAAGCAUCGAGUGGGGGAUGGUGUGCCUUCAACAUCACUUUAAGACUCUGGUUUGAGGGGCUUUGUAAUCCAAGUACACUGGACAAACAAACCAAAGAAUUAUGAAUAAAGAUAACAGCUUUAUGAACAAAAUCAGCAACCCAUAAACUUGAAUGCCAAUGUCAAUGAUCAGAGUCCCCUCACCAGAUCUUUCGGUACGCCACUGGUGAC